AUGCGAAUCUCAAAAGCUUCCUUUUACGCUCUCCUCCUUCACAAACCUUACAACCACCAAAACCUCGUCGUUUUAUCGCGGCGUCGUGUUAUCUCGUGCGCGCUGAGUAUGGCGCUGCUCGUGAGCACGCUCUACGUUCUGUGGCCGUCGGAUCCAGAUCUGAAGAUCGUGGGGCUGAAGCUGCGCCGGAUAAAGGUACACCCUGUGCCGCCCGUCACCGUGGACAUCUCCAUGCUGCUGACGCUCCAGGUGCGCAACGCUGACGUGUACUUCAUGGACUUGGGUGCGGUAAACGUGGCAGUGGCGUACAGAGGGAAGAUGCUGGGUCACGUGAGGUCGAGGGAGGUGCACGUGAGGGCGAGGGGGUCUUCCCACGUGGAUGCUGACGUGGAAUUCGCCGGCAUAAGUGUGCUGCCUGAGCUGGUGCUGCUUAUGGAAGACGUGGCCAAAGGUAUCGUACCCUUUGACACAGUUAGCCACACCGGUGGCCAAUUCGGCCUUUUCUUCUUUCAUUUCCCCAUCAAGGCAAAAGUAUCAUGUGAGGUUCUGGUGAGUAUAGUAAACCAGACUAUUAUUCGUCAACAUUGUCUCCACGAGUGACAACACAGGGUCCCCAGAAGCGUCCAAAGAUGCUUGCUAGCCCCACACUAUUAUUCAAAUUUAGAUAGGCCACUGUAAGUAUAAUGCAUAAUUGUAAGGUUAGCUUAAAAGAUUAGCAACCGUGUGUACUGAAGUUAGAUAAUCCUAUGUUAAUUAUUAUUGUAACAGUGGCUAAACAUCACUUGUGUAACUACUUAUGCUGACAUCCUUAUAUGUAUCAGUAAAUUUUGAUUCUGUAA